AUGGGAAGGUUACGACGCCCACGAGUAGGGAGCGAGAAAGCGCCCACGUACAAGAACUCGAAGGCGAAGUUGGUACUUGCCGUGAGAAGAGCGAGCAAUCCCCUUGCUCUAGCUGCCGAAAGCCCUGACGGCUCUGCAGACGACGAACUCGGCCGUCGCGCUGACGUCCCGCUGGGAGGCGGUACCGGCUGUACUGCCGCUCCGGCAGACAGCACUGUGGCGCCGGAAGUCGCACGAGAGCCGUCGGUGAGCACCUGUGGUCCGUUUGUUCCCCUCGGGGAUUACACGGACGGUUUUUUGGAAGCGGAUGGUUGCGACAGAAGUUGUCGCAGUGCAACGGGCGACGGCGCUCGCGAGGCAGAUGGCGAUAGGAGAGCAAGUCGCAGACCGGAGGGAGAUGUUUGUGACUCCGCGGAGCGGGGGGGAGUGCAAGGCGGAACGGCGAGCGGCGGAACAGCGGAAGGUGGAGCAGCGGAGGGGGGAGCAGCGGAAGGCGAAGCAUCGGAGGUGGGGGAAUCGGUGGGCGGAGUGGAGGACGGGAGGUCUUGGUGGGGAAGGGUGACCGGGGGAAGAUUGGGGAAGCGAAGGGUUUCCACGGAAGUGUCGCCGCCACGUGGCAGCAGCUCACUGGAGGCUGUUUUCAACGGAGUCAAUGUGCUGACGGGCAUCGGCAUUCUCACCACGCCGUACGCGCUCGCCCAAGCGGGCUGGCUAGGCCUGCUGCUCCUGCCCGCCACGUCCCUCCUCUACCUCCUCACCGCGCGCCUCCUCCGCGCCUGCAUGGACCACACCUCUGCCACCGAUCUCCACACCUCUACAACUGAUCCCCAUACCCCUGAUACCAGCAUCCACUCCCCGGCUGCAAGCAGCCACGCCUCCACCACCGCAUCCUACAACUCUACAACUCCUCCCCACACCUUCGCCACUGCACUGCACACCUCCACAAUCACGACCUACCCCGACAUCGGCGCAGCAGCAUUCGGCCGCGUGGGCCGCAUGCUGACGUCUCUGGUGCUGUACGGGGAGCUCUUCGCCGUGGCAGUCGAGCUGCUCAUCCUGGAGGGAGACAGCCUCGCUUUCCUCUUCCCCUCGUUUGCUCCGCACGGGGUCUCCCUCGGCCCAUCGAUCCGCCUGUCGCCCAAUCAGGUGAGAAAGCUGUCUCUGCUCGUGUAUGUGUCCGUGGGAGGGCUGCUAGCUGCGCUGAUUGUUCUGUUGCCCACAAAAGGCUUCUCAACAGUCCCCUCCCUCCUCCUGUCCCCCAAUCAGGUGUUUCUGAUCAUUGCAGCACUCAUUGUCCUUCCCACAGUGUGGCUUCGAAAGCUGUCUCUGCUCGCGUAUGUGUCCGUGGGAGGGCUGCUAGCAGCGCUGGUGACCGUGGUGGGAGUGGCGUGGGUGGCGGCUGUGGGGACGGUCGAUGCUGCCUCUGCUUCUGCUGCAGCAGCGCCAGCAGCAGUGGCGGCAGCAGCGCAAGGGGGAUCGGCGUUGCUGCGGGUGCAGGGUAUACCAGUGGCGAUGGGCAUAUUCGGGUUCUGCUUCUCAGGGCAUGCUGUGUUUCCCACCAUCUACCGCUCCAUGGAUAAGCCCCAGCACUUCAACCGGGAUGAGGAUCGGCGGCAAGACAGUAGUUUCCCUAACUGUGAGGACCGUACUGGUGGUGCUGGUGGCAGCGGCGGGAUUGCUGCUUCCAUUCUUCGCCCUGGUCAUGACUCUCACGGGCUCUCUUCUUAG